CUGAGACCCUAGUCGCUUCGCCGCGCCGGCUGGUCUUCAAAUACUUCGUAAAAUAAAUAAACUUUAUUAUGAUGCUCGACAACAAGUGGACAUACAAAAAUAAUACUGUGACAAGUAAUUAUUCUUUCAUGCUUUUAGUGAGCUUUAAUGGAGAGAUGAUAUCUCCAGCAUGUUUGCAGCACUUCCAGCAGAGUACUCCAACACCUUUGGUAGAUUGGUCUGGAAUGCCUACGAUCAUAUUGGCAGUACUGGUAGUAGUGAUCGGAACUACCGCAAUCCUGGUGCGGCCUGCAGAGCAAAAGAAGAAAAAGAUUCCUCGGCCGCCGUCUGUGCCAUUUCUUGGAACGAGAUGGCUUUUCUGGAUUAGAUACAAGUUAAAUAAGCUCCAUGAAGCAUAUGAAGAUAUGUUCAGGCGUUACGGGCUGAUCUUCGAGGAGGUGACCCCUGGGGGAGUCAUCGUAUCGAUAGCUGACCGAGCAGCCCUGGAGGCGGUGUUGCGGACAGCAGCGAGGAGACCCUACCGACCUCCCACCGAAAUAGUCCAGAUGUACCGACGGAGUCGUCCUGAUAGAUACGCAUCCACCGGACUUGUCAAUGAGCAAGGGGAGAAAUGGCAACAUUUACGACGUCAUUUGACCUGCGAUUUGACGAGUCCACAAACUGUACUGAGGUUUAUACCUCAAUUGAACAGUAUUUGUGACGAUUUCCUGAAUCUUAUCAAGGGAAGCAGGGAGCACGAUGGAACUGUUUCCGGCUUUGAUCACCUUACUAACAAAAUGGGCUUGGAAUCUGUUUGCGGUCUCAUGCUGGGGACAAGAUUAGGGUUCCUGGAGCGCUGCAUGUCCGAUCGGGCAGCCACCUUAGCUGCUGCUGUGAAGGCACACUUCAGAGCACAAAGAGAUAGCUAUUACGGUGCACCAUUAUGGAAGUUUGCGCCGACAACAAUUUACAAGACUUUUGUGAAGAGCGAAGAGACCAUUCAUACGAUCGUUUCCGAGCUGAUGGAGGAAGCUAAGUCAAGGGCACGUGCUUCCGCGAAUGAUGAUGGCAUGCAGGAGAUCUUCCUCAAGAUACUAUCCAACCCCGAACUAGACAUGCGUGACAAAAAAGCCGCUGUCAUUGACUUCAUCACGGCUGGCAUUGAAACUCUUGCGAACAGUUUGGUCUUCCUUCUAUAUCUAUUGAGCAGUCGACCUGACUGGCAACAGAAAAUCCGCUCCGAGUUGCCAUCCUGCGGAGAACUCAGGAUAGAGGAUCUAUCAUCUGCACCAUCUGUCAAAGCUGCUGUCAACGAGGCUUUCCGGGUGCUGCCCACUGUUCCGUUCCUGGCAAGACUUCUUGAAACUUCUAUGACCAUUGAGGGCUAUACGAUACCGGAAGGGACAUUUGUGUUAGCGCACACAGUGACUGCAUGCAGACAAGAAGAAAACUUUUGGCGAGCGAACGAGUAUCUCCCCGAGCGAUGGAUUGAUGUCCGCGAGCCUCAUGCUGCUUCGCUGGUAGCCCCGUUCGGUCGAGGGAAGCGAAUGUGUCCGGGGAAGCGAUUCGUUGAGCUGGAACUACAUUUGAUUCUUGCCAAAAUCCUGCAGCAAUGGAGAGUUGAAUUCGAUGGUGAAAUUGACGUUCAGUUCGAUUUCCUAUUAUCGCCGAAAUCACCGGUUUCCAUCCGACUUGUGGAGUGGUGAAUUGGUAGGAUUCAACGUUAACAACAUUCCACCGAUGAUUAAGUUUCGUACUGAUUUAUUAUAAUUUAUUAGAUAGUUAAAGAUCAAGAUAUUGUAUAAUUAGGCCUAUCGCAGACGACACACAUUUUGAGCUAUCGAGACUGCGGCAAACAAAAGUCUGGAUUGCGCACAAAAUGUCUUUGGCAGAUAUUUCACAGACUCAACACACACGACGUACAUUUUUGGUUCAUUUUGUCGGCAGAACUGUAGGAUAUUAUUUCGUACUUGAGAUACAAAAAAAGAAGAAUAAAUAAAGAAUUGAGUUCAUUCUAUUCUUUCAGGAAGAUUAUUAAAGGGGCCGUUUCAUAAACAUUCAAUUCUAAAACUAUAUUCAAAUAAGUCUUUCAAAUUUUAUAAGAUGCCUGUUACUACAUUUGACGAGCUGCUAUUAAUUAAUUAUAUUGAAACCUGCUUUAAAAAAUUUAAAUAUAAAGCAUUGGGAAAUUUAACUUUUUCGUGAAACAAAUACAUUUUGAAAAUACAUAUUAUCGAACUCCUUGUACUAAAAAAUAGAUUUUUAUCGAUAAGACAUUAUUUAUUAAGGUAUGUUCCAUGUUUUUCAUAAAAUUUAUAUUAUAAUAAUUAAUAAAUAUGUAAUAUUUAUUUACAUUAUUAUAAAUGCAAUCUCGGAAAUUAAAUCGAUUCUUUAGAUAUUGAUCAUUUAGGCCUUCGAUUUAUUUGUGAAUCGAUUCAUCAGCUAAGGAUUUGAAUCGAUUUAAAAGUCAACCUUUGGAAAGAAUCGCCAUCCCUAGGCGUCACGUCCCGUGAGCGUCGUCUGCGUUAUCGCGUGUUGACGCAAUCGUUAUAUUUUUUGGCGCAAUUUAUGUACGGCGCGGUGUGACGCGGUCUGUCAGAUCUGCCAGAAUAUUUUGUGUGUCAGACUUUUUGCGCGUCGGCUCAUCAAACUUAGCCCCCCAAAAAAAAAUUUUUUCUAUUUUUGAAUUUUCAAUAUCGCAUAUCGUUAGUUCGUAGUUUGUUCUUAAUUGUUCGCUUUAAAUAAUUGUUUGUUCUUUUGAUGUUUAUUUAAAAACAAUUAAUUAAAAAUGGGGGGAAACGCCUACUAUUUGGUUCUGGCACUCGCCGGCCGCUGCCGCGGAACGCUACGCUCGGCUCGUGCGUUGUUUUAACUGUUCUAACAUAACCUAACCUAACCAAUUUUAAUGAAAUGCAAAUUUAAAAAAAAAAAUCGAGAACAAACAAACGUUUAUAGAGAACAAUCAAGAACAAAUGGCGAACUAACGAUGUAAUAAAAAAAAAUAAAAAAAAUCUGGGGGGGCUAACUUUCUUGAGCUUUGCGCGUCGUAUGCGUUACUGCUUAUAAUUGUAUAGGUUUUUUUUAUCACAGACUAAAAAGUGCCUCACGGAUAGUCGUCGUCUGGGAAAGGCCUUAUAGUGUUAAGUUUUCAUCUGUUGUUUCAUAUACCUGUUUGUUGGGACAUAUUUUCCGAUAACUGUUAUUAUUCCUUAGAUAAUUUAUGCGUCUAGAUAGUCUCUUGCUGUUAGACAACCGAUAAAAACUAGUCAGGAAUAUGAGUUUAGUGUGCGUGACAAGCUACGUCUUACACUCGCGAUUUGUUUAAAAAUUUAAAGUUAGUGUGUGUUAAUUGUUCAAAAUAGAGGUUAGUUCUAAACUCAAUGUUUUUCGACGUUUUCACAGCUUUCAGAGUCUAUCUAGUCGUAUAAAUGAUCUAAGCCUAUUUCCGUGAACAAGUGUAUUGUUGUCUCUGUCUUCAGAACUUUGCAUAAAAGAGACAACAAUACGUUUCGGGAAUACGGACCUUAGACUUGUAAACUUUUAUGAGAUUGUUUCAUUGUUGAGCAGCUACCAAUUUUAGCUAGCCUUAGCUUAAAAAAUGUAUAAGCAUAAAACUUUAUGUAGGUAUAAAUAAUAAAUUUUGAUAGGUUUUACCUGAAUGACUUUCUAUAGUCGAUAGCCGCCAGAUUAAAGAUAUUAUAUUAAAUAGAUUUCGUAUAGAACCAAUACAGACAACCCCUCUAAAUUUAGAUUAAACUACUUUUCAACUUUAUGACAGUGGGUUUAUGAUUUUUUGUUAGUUAUGUUAAACUUAUCACCUAUAUUUCGAUCGAACCAAACACAUGUUUUGCCCACCGCGCUGUAGCCUUUCUGGCGUGCCCAUUAUCCGUGCAAUUAGACCGAAAUAUCGGCGGUACAAAUGUUGAAUCUAUAGUAUGUAUUUGAUAUCAAAUGUGGCUAGGAUACAGACAAAAUUUGAUAACAAAUUCGUGCCAAACGAAACUAAAUCCAGACUAUUUCGGUUACAAGUAAUUACGUAUAUAAAAUAUAGGUACUAAGUAAAUAUAACAUUAAAAAUGAAUUAACUGAUUUUAUCAUUCCAACAUUAACAGUUACAGAAGUAUGGUGUCCCAAAAAACAAUUAAGUUCUACUUUGGUGAGAUACAUUUAAUAAACGUUGUUAUAACAAUUGUUAUUGUUACACUGUUGCGAUUUAAUAUCUAAUGUAGAUAUAAAUAGAUAAUAUAGUCGACAUUACACAAUAUAAAUAAUAUACAACAGGGUACUUCGACACUCUGCUCAAAUAUAGUCUUGAACUUCCAUAAUCCAAUUAAAUUCUAAAUAGUUAUAAGUAAUUGACACUUACAACCCGUUCGAGUUAACUGUACACGUCGCAUUGUGUAAUUGUCUUUGGUCGGUAACAGUACGGUUUGCUUAAAUGUGAACGUUACAUCAAGUUAUUAAAAUAUUUUUUAUAGUUUAUUUGAAUAGUCAAAAGUAGUAUUUAAAUCAAAUAAAUAUAAAAAUAUGCUUAAUCACUGUCACUAUUAUAGUUUCUUCCAUCGCCAACGUAGUGUCAUAAUAUUCGUCAUUAUCGUUGGCAGGAAUGAGAGAGUGUUAGUUUACUUUCAAAUUGUAAAAAACUUAAAGUUUUUUAUCAAACUGUUGUUAGUUUCAUAUAAGCUUUUCUUCAGGAGAGUAACAAAAACAGGCUACUCUAAAAUUAAUAAAAUGAAUUAAAAAUAAUUAAAAUAAGAAGAGUACUUAGGUAAUAACUUUUAACCUUGACGAGCAAAAAAGGCAACAAAAAUUUUACUUACCAAAAUAAGUUACAUACUUACGUUACGUUGUUUAAGAUACAGUGUAUAUCAUAAAACUGCAAAGAACACCAAAAAAAACGUUGACCAAAGAAUAAAUAAGUAUAUAAAAAUAAAGUAAAGCCACAUUGCAAACAAUGAAGUAUUAAUAAUUAUAACUGGUAAAGUUAUAAUAAUUAAUACUUCAUUCAAUCUCUAAAUCAAUAUAUAAAAUUAUAGAAAAGGAAUAAAUGUAAAAUAGUACAGUAGAGCCACAUUGCAAACAAAGAAGUAUUAAUGAUAACUGGUAAAGUUAUGAUCUUUAAAUGUAAACCGUAGCCAAAUUGAAUAGCAUUAUCUUUACAAAUCUAGUGAGAUUGUAGACGUAGAUAAAAUCGCGCUUAUGCUACCUAAAUGAACUAGAUGGCUUGGAAUUAAUGACGUUCUAUACAUAUGGACAUAUCAUUCGCAGUCUGAUAACGGAACGGCAAAACUGUGCUUAUAGACAAUUAUACACACUUUUCUCCUUAGUCGUGUGUCAACUGUGUGUCAAUCAACAAGCCUUAGUGUGCUAUAUGAAGUGCCUAUACAUUAAAGACUCAAAAAAAAGAUGGUGUGACUUAUCAUCGGUAAAGUUAUUUUAUUGGUAUAAGAUUGAUAUGCAAAAAUCGUAAGUAAUUUAAUAAAAACGAACAUUUUUUCAUUAAUUAUGGUACAAUUAUUGACAAGUCCCCAGACAACAUCCCCUUGUCAGAAUGGGACACAGUCAGAAAUGAAAACAAUAGAGUCGCUCUUUUUAACCGACUUCAAAAAAGGAGGAGGUUCUCAAUUCGUCUUUGUGUUUUGUUUUUAUGUUUAUUACCUCAGAACUUUCGACUGGGUGAACCGAUUUUGAUAAUUAUUUGAAAGCUGGGGCUUCCCGUAUGGUUGCACUGGUCCAAUUUGGUCCAACCACGAGAAAAGCAUAAAUCUUAAAUUUGCUAUAAGUACAUGCGCAACAAAUAUACGAAUAACUCAAUAUAGCACCAACCGAUAUCGAUAAUUCUUUUUUUAUUGGAAAAAAUAUACUUCAAAGGUAGUUUGGUCAUAGAUUGGUUAGGUUCUGCUUAUGGGAUUCAAGACAAAGUAACGGAACUCUUCAAUUCUUAGGAUCAACGAUACUAGACCGAAGCUUUUUUAUGCUAUACGGAUAUUUGAGUCACCUACCGUAACGUCGUUAUGAUCAAGUAAUUGUCGUAGUAAAAUAUGAUAUUCAAUGGAACUCUUUAACUACUGACAGUAAGGGUGCGAUCUGUCGCAGAAUUUCUAACAGUCUGUAAUAAUAUUGCAAUGCGCUUACGUUCAUUGCUGCAUUGCAAAAUUUUGUAGAUCUGCACAAAUUUAGACAAAUUAUUAGUAAAUGUAGUUUGAAUUCACUAAAAAAUCUAAGAAGGCCUAGGGAACAAUGAUUAGCAAUUUUGUAUUUUGUGUAAUGUGAAAGGCUUACAAGAAUGUGAACAAUUACAUACUACUUUAACGUUAUCACGGAAGUAUUGUUACUGUGAUAAUCGAUACUUAUUUACAUCGCAAAUAUAUAAAAGCUUAUAUUUUUCAGCUUUUCCGUAUACGAGAUAAUGAAAGAGAAUUAGCGCCAGUGGUAGCAAGAGAGAGAAUUGAAGAAAUUUACAAACCAAAUAAGCAUAUUUAUAUUUCUCCACUAAAAUAUUUAAGAUUUUGGAUUUAACCACAUUUAAAAUUUGACUAAACCUGUCAUACAAAUAUAUGUUGAUGUCCGCUUACACUACAUAUCCUGGAAAAGAUAUCUAAAUCUAAAAAACAAUUUUUAUUUAAGUCAAGGAAGCUAACAUUUAAAUAACCAGUGAUGAGAGUGAUUUUUGUUUAAAAUGUAAAAAACCCCCGACUGAACAGAUCUUGACCGGAAAAUAAGGACAGACUGACGAACGUGAUACUUAUACUACUAGGGGACGUUCAACAACGGAUGCAAGUGUUGAGCUGAUCAAGAAUAUUUUUGAUGCCUGGGAGGAAUCGCAGAAUGCACUUAGCAUCUUCUGUGAUUUAUCUAAUGCUUUGGAUUGUGUUCAACAUUCAACGCUGGUCAGGAUGCUAUGGCAUAAAAGGAACUGCGCUCGAUCUUCUGACUUCAUAUCUAAACAAUAGAAUUCAGAGGGUCGACGUGAAUGGCAGGAGAUCUCCUGGGACUCCUCUUAGUAUGGGGGUACCACAAGGGUCUAUUCUUGGACCGUUUCUCUUCCUUAUCUAUAUAAAUGAUCUUCCUAAUCUUAUAGAGAAAAAACAUAAGGUAGUAUUGUUUGCACUUCACUGAUUUUCAAAGUGAAAAGAAACCAAGCUAUGUAUGACGAAGUGAACGAUAUUUUAUCUGACAUCGUGUACUGGUUUAGCGCUAAUAACCUAUUGUUAAAUAGCAAAAAAACUAAAUUCAUUAAAUUUACCGUACCAAAUGUCAAAAAUGUUAAUGCAAAUGUUUUGUUAAACGGAGAGGAGAAUAGAACCGGUGGAAUCUGCUAUAUUUAUUGGCAUAACUCUAGAUUCCAAAUUACAAUGGGGCCCCCAUAUUGAAGGAUUGGCGAACAGACUUAGUUCUGCAGCAUACGCGGUUAAACAGAUUAGACAAUUAACUGACAUAGAUACGGCGCGACUAGUAUACUUUAGUUAUUUCCAUAGUAUUAUGUCCUAUGGUAUAUUGCUAUGGGGCAACGCUGCCGAUAUUAAUACAGUAUUUGUGCUGCAGAAGAGGGCUAUUCGCGCUAUUUAUAACCUAGGUCCUAGAGAAUCAUUGAGAGCAAAAUUCAAAGAAAUUAACAUCUUGACUGUUGCUUGUCAAUAUAUUCUUGAUAAUGUAUCUUGAUAAUAAUGUUCAUAGGCACAUAAGUGAAUUUGCCAGAAACUGUCAUAACCAUAAUGUUAACACCAGGAACAGAUAAACUGAUGAUGCCUACUACUCGGCUAAGUCGAGUUAGUAAGUCUUUUGUGGGGCGAUGUAUAUGUUUUUACAACAAGAUCCCAGAAAAUGUUCAAAACAAAAGUAUUACGUUAUUCAAAAGAAUUGUUAAAAAGCGUUUCUGUGGUAAAGGUUACUAUAACAUAAAUGACUUUCUUAAUGAUACCACAAAUUGGGAAUGGAGCGACCGCCCUCAGGCUAUUAAAUAAUAACUUUAAUUGUACAAUCUUACUUUGUAAAUGUUACUUUAAUUGUAAAACAUAUUUUUGAUGAAAAAGAAAACCCGCUGAGUUUGUUGCGCCCAUUCUUCUCAGGCCUGAGGCAUUCAUUUUGGAAUGGGUGGUAGUUUUUUUGACUUUCAAUAAGUGUUUUCACAUCCUAUUUUGAAUAAAAAUAUUUGAAUUUGAAUUUGAAUACAGCAGCCCACAUUUCGUCUGGGUUUAAAAAAAUACCUAACUGCUACUCCACUGAUGUCGCUGUCCAAAUCGGGUUCUAAAUUCAAAAUACGCAGCUGAAACUGAAAUAGUGUAUACAUUACUGUCUAUUGACCAAUAAUAUUUUAAGCAAUUGGAGUAAACGCAGAAAUGUAUAGACAUAGCAGUCGAAGGUUAUUAAGGUGUAAUUUGUGGCAUGUGCCAUAUUUCGGCUUUGAUUUUGUAUGAGGUGCGUUGUCUAUAUGUAUAGAACGUCAUUGCUUGGAAUUAAUUAUACUUAGUGUAUAAUUAAUAUGUAAAAUUUUUCGUUAUGAACUUUUAUUGGCAAACGGAAAGUUACAUAUUAUGUCAUUAAAAGUUUAGCUGUUUUUAAAUAUGCUGAAGUAAUCAUAACUUUCUACUCCAUUUGGUAAGCAGUUUAAAAUAAACCAAAAAUAUAUAAAUAACUAGUAUUUAAGAAACUUAACUAUGUGAAAACUUAACAAAAAUAUAUUUGUUAAUUCCGAUGGUAGAAAACACGCUGUCGAUACUAUGCGUUUCAAACACGAGGUGGCCGGAGGGGUUUGAGUGGGAGAGAAGUCGAAUUCCAGCGAAGUGUACAGUUAAUUCGGCCGUGUUAUACCUACACAACCUAGUAAAUAAUAGUAAUAACACGCUAUGGCUGUGUUAAUUAAUAUCUUAAGUAGGUAUCAAUUAAAAAUAAGGCUCAAUUUACAUUCCGUCAAGGACCCCAUCUCGGCCCACUUAAGUUUACUUUAUACAUUAAUGACUUGAAUUAAAAAUCCUAUUUGCUUCGCCUAUCAACUAGAUUAUUUGAUGAUGAACACUUGAACGGAAGUGUAUCCCGUAAAACAAACCUUGGAGUUGUUUCGACUCAAAACUAUAUCUACAAUAACUGAACCCCUUGUGUAUGUAGCAUACCUGUAUUGCUUGGUCUUGACUGUUGUAUUUAGCUCUUAGAUUUUCGAAAACCGCUUUCAUAAAUAUCUUGGCGUACAAAAUAAGUAUGAGCCAUAAAAGAGCUCACGCUUUUACCGUAAAAUUUACACGCCUGUACGGCCUUACAAAUAAACUUAGCAUAAAUUAUAUCUGGGAAUAAACCAACAAUAUGUAAAAUGUUAAAAAGGGCCAACAAGAUAGAUCGUAAAGUUAAAAAUUUAGUUCCAUUUCUAUCCCCGGCAAAUUGAAUUGAGUCUAAACGUCUACCUCUACUAUGCUGCAAGCUCGCAUUUGUACACCAACUAUUUGUAUUUGCAGUACUUGUAUUUUAGAUAAAUUAGCUUUAAGAUGUUUUACAACUAUAAGAUUCGUGAUACUAAUAUUGUUGUUAUAGUAAUCACGAAUUAUUAUAAUAAUGUAUUUAAAGCUUUUGUCACUUAUGUUAAUCUGACAUUGUAAGACCAUUCGGUAAAUGUUAUUAACUUUGUUAUAUUUUAUGUAUGUCAUAAAAGCUAUUUUUGUAUGAAGCGAGAAUAUUGUUAACAACAAGAGUGUUUUUGGUCUGCAUAUUUUUCCUGUAAUUGUGACCUACUAAUAACUAUAACAUAGAGCAUUAUAAACUCGUGUUUCUCGGUGAACAUGAGUGUUUUA